CUCUGCUGGGACCUUCCCAAUAGCAGCAACAGGAGUCCCAGCGCCCGUCCUUUUAUUCUGAAGACCGUGUCGCCGCGCGUGACGUCCAGCAGGAUGAGCAACCCAGCCAACAUGUCCGGGAACGUACCUGCCUACGGGGGCAGUGGCUCAGGGGGAGCCGUGUACCCGCCCCUCACCGCCCCCCCAGCCAACACGUUCGGCAGCGUACCCGGCUACGAGGGCAUUGCUUCAGGCGGAGGUUACCUGCCCCCCCCCGCGCCCUCAGCGCCCGUCGCCCCGCCCCAGCCCGGCCCUCAACCCAGUGACUGGAACAUCCCCACACUGCAGGAGGACGAGGCCCGCGAGGCGUUCGUGGACUUUGUGUCAUCUAAAUGCUGCUACAGCUCGGAUGCGGCAGAGAAGAGCGACAUCACAAGCAUGGAGCCCUUCAACACAUUCAGGUAUCGUUUGGAGACGUUUACUGAGUCCAGGUUGACCGAGUGGGCCCACAAACCUCACGAAGGGGAGGCGCCUGACUUCUACAUCCAGCCCGCCCCGCAACCCUGGCAGGUGGAGGUCCCUCCGCCAAAGCUCUUCACCGAUCACAAGGCGGAAGUCCGCGUUCCCUACACCUCCACCGUCAAGGAAUGCCACAGCUGUCACGCUAAAGGGACAAUAGAGUGCAAAAAGUGCCAAGGAAGUGGAAAUAAGCCGUGCUUCAUGUGUAAUGGCGCUGGGACGAAAAACGAGGAAAGCUGCUCCGAGUGUAAUGGUACUGGGAAAGACAGGUGUUCAGAAUGUGAUGCUCGUGGAAGCACAAAGUGCGAGACCUGUGAGGGGAAAAAACAGCUGCUGGCAUACAUCAAUCUCAAAGUAGAGUGGACCAACCAUCUGGAAGACCACGUGGUGGAGCAGAAAAUUGGCCUGGCUGUUGAAAAACUGCAAUCAGUUAGCGGCAAGGAGCUGUUCAAGAACAACCAAUUACAGGUCUUCCCUCUGGUCGGGUUCCCGAACCCUGAAAUCUCUUCGGUCUCUGAGCGUCUGAUCAGUGAGCAUCAAUCCAAAUAUGCUCAAACCUCCCGGAUCCUUCAGCAGAGGCAGACGGUCGAGUUGAUCCCAAUCACUAAGGUAAACUACAAGUGGAAGGGCGACGCUCACGUCUACUUUGUUUUCGGGAAUGAACACAAAGUCCGUGCCGACGACUAUCCGGAGACGUGCCGCUGCUGCGCCAUCAUGUGAACACACAGAUCAAACCAAAACAACCCCAGUCUCGUUUCCACCUCAUCCUCAUCCAGCUCACUUCUGAAGCUCUCAGUAAACACAUGCAGUCCCUCAUGUGUUUGUUGAAGGGUGGUAUUACCGUUGUACCCUUGUAUCUUGUCAAUGUGCUAAUGGGGAACACAAGGUUACCGUUCAGGGCUGCUUAAAGUGCAAAUAUGUGCCUUGGAAUUCGCUUAUUAGCCAUACAGGGCACAUGGGUCGCUGUCCGUAUAUUUGUAAUGCAGAUAUCAAGUUACUGUACACAGAAACAGAUUGUUUACUGUGACCUUAUCUGACAGGAUAAAAAAAAAAUUCAUAUCUGUUCUUUCAAUGACUGCCCAGAAAUAUUUCUCAUUAUCUCUGUUCAGUUUUUGAUUAACUCAAAAUUAGAAUUAAAUCCAUUCUUAGGUAGAGCUAUAGAAGAGUCAGUUUUUGCCUUUCUGUGGACACCAGGGGAACUUAAAAAGUAUUUUUUAUUAUCUUGCAUGACACUUUACUGAAAAAACCUACCACUAUCAUGGCACCAUCGUGCUCUCGCUGCCUUAUUUUUCUAUGUACAGCAACAAUGUGAUCAUCUCUUAGCAGUUGUCCUCAUGAUCUCUGCAACUUUAAAACCAGACCAAGCAAAGGAAUAAAAAGUGACCGUUAGCAGCAAAAACAAUUUAAUCCAGUUUCCCUGGUUUCCUGGAUAUAAAUUGAGAUUUUCUGACUUUCAUUUACACUUUUGAUAUUAUUUCACAAAUACAAUUCAAAUUGAUUUGAUUCAUGAGAUUAUUUUGUAACUAUGACAAAAUGACUGUUCACAGGACUAUUAUGAGACCAGUUUAAGGCCUUAGUCACAAGUAGGUUCCCUUUUUUUUAAGUACAACUAAGUACCUCCUACCUCCUGUAUUCAAGGAAAUAAGCCCUGAAAGUUAUCUUUAGAUCUAGAGUGUUAAUAAUGUGUGUUCCUUCAUUUACCCACAGCUGAUUGUAAACUAUAUCUGUUCUAAAGUUUACUUUCUCCUUAAAGUGCUAAAUUUGGUCUUUUUUUAAUGGCCUUGCAUAUGCAUCUGAGAUGUUCUCUUUGUAAAUCUGCCACAUAUGUAUAUUUCACUGUGGAUUUUUUUUUUAUCAAUGAAACCACAAUUGUUGCUAAGCACUAAUAGUGAUGCUUUUUACCUUCAUGUAGGAGACCACACAGGAAAUCCGCAUGUGACAGCCUGUAAAAAGGGACGUAGCCAGCAGGGCAUCACUUGUUUUAAAACUCAUGAGAAAACUUCAGGAUUUGGCAUUAUAUUUUAACACAGAAUUGACCAUAUGUAAACCACAGAUAAAAGUAAACUGAAAUGUGAUUGGACAUAAUUGUCUUUAAGGAAUCAUAUCUGUUUAUAUAGAGAAUUAUUAUCAAUAAAUAACUACAUGCACACUGAUCCACUCAGAAAGGCAUGAAUGUAGAAAAUGGCGCCAUCCGUCAUGUUUCUGAUGAGAAUUUCCCGGAGCUCCUGACGUCCCUCUUUAUUCUGUUGCCCAGCGGCUGCGUAGGACGCUCUGUUGUCCGAUCAGAUGUUUACAGCCUCUGUGUGUGUGGGGAAAAACCUAUUUUAGCUUUAUCAUCUCUGGUGUCAGUUUUUAAGCUGCCAUGUGUGUGUGUUUUUAAUUCAUUUUAGUUUGUUUGUUCCUGUUAAAUGUUGGUUAUUAUCGGUUCUAUGACAUUGCAUAAUGUAAGCUGAUUUGUUCUUUGCUUUUGAGAAGUUCCAUUUUCAUUGAAUCAAAUAGUAUAUUAUACAUCAUCCUAUACACAAUAUACAUGUUGUUAGUGGAACAUUUAAUGCUCUGAUACCAAAUAUUAUCAUGAACACAGCUAAGCUGUCGGUGCCUUGUAUCUUAAACUAAUGCUGGAAUGUGCUAAUCCGUUAUAAAGUAGAAAGUCCCUUUAACCACACCAAAAAACACAUUAAUACCGGGGGGUUUUCAGAGUUUGUGGGGGGCCUAUCCAGGGCGACUCAAACCAGUUUCCGGCAAGGCUCAGUGAAUGAGGUUUAUUGUAAUUUAAACAAUUUAAACAAUUUAGGUCAGAAAAGUUAAGCAUUUAGAGCUUUCUGGGUGUAUCCCGCUCCCAUGUUUGCAUCCGACGAAACAUCCUAAUCAUUUUCCUGCAGGGAUCCAGAAAUCAGAGGAAGUGGGAAGCCUGGUGACGGCUUAUCUCAGGCUAGGCCUUCUCUCUGGGGCUUUGGAAACCUGUAGCAUUACACACAGCUUUGACUCACAAAUAUGUUAGCUCAUUACUCCCGGAAUCUUCUGCUGUUACUUCAAAAAAAUAAAAUAAGUACAUUCUGAAGCU